AUGUACUAUCUACCCUACACAUGGAUUCUUUCUGUCUACUUCUGCAAUUGGACUCCCAUCCAAAAAUGGAUUCAGAAUCAAGAGAUAACAUCUUCUGAUAUUCCAGAAGUCCAGAUGGAGACAGUAUCUCCGAAUUCUGUUCAGAGAAGAGCUAGUAUUGAUACAACAGUAUCCCACAUAUCGUUGGCAGAGAUCAAUGUUGUAAUAUGA